AGGUCAGUGCGUGUUACACUUACAGUACAGAUCACGACUCUCUCGUCGCCUCUUUCGUUUAAUCUCAUCUCAGUUCCCCAAAGACAUCGCCGCCGGCCUCCUGCUCCUAUAGUUUAUCCGACUUCCGACGCGACAUCGACGACCUCCGGCUCCGAGUUCCAGAAUCCAGACUUCCGCAAAAAUGGCUGGAAAUUCAAUCAAAUCAGUUGCAAAAUCCAUUGGAACUGAAUUCCAAUACCCUUGGAGGGAAAAAUUGACAAAAUACAAAGAUGAACUCUCAAAGGGUGUAUGGGGAUAUUGGCAAUUAGGGGCAUGGAAGCCUUUAGGGAUUAGUGCAAGGCGUAGGGCCCGCCUUAGGAAAGAAGUUUUGUUAGCUGGACAAGAUUGGCCCUUUGACCCUGAAAGGAAAGAAAUGAGGACAAAAAGAAAAGGGCAUAAAUGUGAUAGAAUUUCAGCUGAAAAAAGAGCAAAUACAGAGGAAUUAAUGAAGAAAAUGCCACAAAUGCUUGCGGAUUAUAGAAAGAAGAAAUGGGAGAAGAAGAUGAAUGAAGAGGAUGCUGCUGCUAAGAAAGUUUAAGGUUUCAAUUACUUUUUUACUGUUUCUUUUUUAUCUUUUUUUCUAAUUUGAAACUUAAAUGUUCUGUUUUAGGGCAGAUUGAAAAUAAGCACAUUGUUUAAUGGUGAAAAGUUAGUUGUGUUUGAUUUUUGACAUCAAAGGAAGAUGUAGAAUUAUUGUUUUGGUGUUUUGAGUUGUUAUUGUAUUGUGGGUGUUUUGUUCUA